AGCCAAAGGGCAUGUAUAUAGAUAUUUUAUCAAGCACAUUAGUAGAAUAUUACACACCCAUGUGUCCAUGAGUAGAUAAUGGAGAAUGGAGAAACUGGACACGGUUCUCUGGUCUCCCUUUGACAGGUUGAAGAUAUCCUCCUGACCUCUCAUAUCUCAAGCUCGAGUCUCCUUCCCAGUCGUCCAGAUUAUACCUGAACUCAACUCAAGCUCGCGUCGACUUAUAUUGCCGGGAUUCGCCAGGGAGGUGAUUUGUGUGAUUCUUCUGCUAAUAGAAACUGCAACCAGAGCUACCGUAUUACAGCAGUGCUUCGCCAGGUUACCGUGCAUUGUUAUCGUAAAUGGAUCACCAAUCUGUUAUUACACCAUGGGACCUGGAGUGCAUGCUAUGCGACGAAGCGGCAGAGCCGAAGGCCUUGCCGCUAUCGCUUCUGAAAAGAAUCACACAUGAUUUCUCUGAUGAGCAAGCAAUUGGCAGAGGUGGAUUCGCGGUGGUAUAUAAGGGAAUGCUUGAGAAUAGGACCGUGGCCGUGAAGAGAAUGUCGAAUACGUAUAUGUACGAGAAGGAGUUCCAGCGAGAAGUUGAAUGUCUCAUGAUAGCCAAGCAUAAAAAUGUAGUACGGUUUCUAGGAUAUUGUGCUGACACACAAGGGAAUAUGGCAAGGUAUGAAGGAAAAUUCGUCAUGGCAGAUGUCCAGCAAAGGUUGCUAUGUUUCGAGUAUCUUCCUAAAGGGAGUCUUCAUGAGUAUAUCACUGAUAUGUCUUGUGGACUUCGGUGGAGAGACCGCUAUCAGAUUAUCACGGGAAUUUGUCAAGGGUUACAUUAUCUUCAUCAUAAACAUAUUGUCCACUUAGAUCUAAAGCCCGCGAAUAUAUUGUUGGAUGAUAAUUGGGUACCAAAAAUUACCGAUUUCGGCAUAUCAAGGUGCUUUCAUGAAAUGCAAAGCCAAGUUAUUACUAAGAUAACUGGAACGCCCGGAUAUUUGGCACCAGAAUCUUAUAACCAUACUAAAGUCACAUACCGGCAUUCGUACCAGCUUGAUAUCUACAGUCUUGGUAUAGUAAUCAUAGAGAUACUCACUGGAAAUAAGGGGUAUCACGAUGUUGACAAGGUAGUUGAAAGUUGGAGUAACAUGUUGGAGCAAUCACAGAGCGAGGUACAGAAGAAACAAAUACGAGUAUGUGCUCAGAUAGGAAUAGAGUGCACAAACUUUGACCCGGCGAAGAGACCGGAUACACUACAUAUAAUUAGUAGACUCGAUGAAACCGAAAGUAUGGGCGGAUAUAUCAAAACAGGCAUGAUUACUUCACAACAGGUCGGAGAUGUUCUAAAUAAACUGCAUCAAGAUGCACCUAACACGCCAAGAGAAUCAAGCUCAGAGGAGAAUGCCACUGUAGUUACAGUGGCAGGGACAAACAAAUAUGACAGUUUUUGGAGAAAUGUGGCAAACCUUGACAUGUUCAAUGAGACCAUACAUAGUCUUGAUCCAGACAUCAAGCGAUGCUUUGAAUAUUGCAGUAUUUUCCCCAGAGGAUCAAAGUUGAGAAUGGUCGAGUUAGUUCACCUGUGGAUAGCGCAAGGGUUUAUCAAGAUCAGUUGUGCAACAGAAGACAUGGAAGAAGUAGCCGAGGGCUACUUUCAAGAGUUAGUGUCGCGCUCAUUUCUGCAACCAGAAGAAAGUAGUUAUGAUACCGGUUGCUUCACAAUUCAUGAUGCCCUGCUUGAUUUAUUCGACAAAGUUUCUGGAGAUUGCUUCAGAAUCGAGAAUGACUUUAGAGGAGGUGGCUGGGAAGGAGAUAUCCGUCGAGAUAUCCAGCAUCUUUUAAUUCGUUGUUAUGAUGGCAAAUUGAUUACCGAGAAGAUCCUUGGGUUGGAAAAUUUGCUCACUCUCAUUGUUUAUAAAGGUCACGCAGCACCAGGUGAGGAAAGAGUGAUUGAGAGUAUAUGCAAGAGACUGCCGAAAUUGCGGGUACUGGCCAUUCCUUUCAUCCUAGAACGUUAUCCGGGGAUGGAACCAAAUGAGUUGUCUGUCCCAGGAUCCAUUACCCAGUUAAAGCACCUACGCUAUCUUGCUCUCAGGACAAAUAGAGUAUGCAUGUUAACCAUACCAAGAGCACUAAAUAAACUACCAAGAGUUAUCCAGGUGCUAGAUUUUGGUGAUGGCAAAUUGGAUGAGGUUAACUGUGUUGACCUUAUCAACCUGCGGCACAUAAAUUCCGGCUCAUCGGAGUUCCAAUUUCGUAACAUAAGCAGGCUGACCUCACUCCAAACGAUAGCAUGUGCCUUCGGAAUAAGGGAUGCACCAGGAUAUGAGGUAAAGCAGCUGAGGGACCUAAACAAGCUUCGCGGCAGCCUGGAGAUAAAUGGUCUUGAAAUUGUUAAAAGCAAGGAGGAAGCUCUUGAAUCCAAACUAGCUGCCAAGGAACGGCUCAGCGAACUGAAACUGCAGUUUGGGCACAGUUCGCCAGAAGUCCAAGCAGAGGUACUUGAGGGCCUGUGCCCUCCCGUGGGGCUCCAAACACUGGAAUUGCGUUCCUACGAUGGCUCGAGGUACCCAGAUUGGAUGGUUGGUAAGCAGGACGGUGGCCCAAAGGACCUGCAAACACUUUCGUUCUGGUGUUGCUCCCAGCUAGAGCAUGCUCCCGAGGCUUUCCCUCAUCUGCGUGUGCUCAACCUUGCAUACUGUAAUUGGGACGCCUUACCAGGCAAUAUGGUGCACCUCACAUCACUCAAGAAACUCAAGAUCGAGUGGUGCUCUGAAAUCCGGUCGCUUCCAACACUGCCCCAGUCUCUUGAGGAGUUUUGUGUUGAGUGGUGCAAUGAUGGGUUUAUGAAGUCUUGUCAAAUAUUCAGACACCCAAACUGGCAAAAGAUUGAGCACAUCCCCAGGAAAACAAUCGAAGGCCUAGCACCUAUACAGGAUGUGGGAAUCAAGAUUCGGUCCGGCAUCAAUCUCCUGACAAGCUUUUGGCAUCGCAAGAAAGUAUGAAGGGCGUUCCAAAACUGCUGCCUCCCGAUGUGAUGGUGGCAUCUGAUUUGUAAUAUAAUUUAUGUUGGGAGAACUGUCGAAUUUGAUUCCUGGCUGCUAGCUACUCCCCACGUCUCAUAAUAUAAGAGCAUUUUUUUUACACUGAUGCCUUAUAUUAUGGGACGGAGGGAGUAUUUGUUUCUCCCCUUUGUUGUGUUUGUGUAUGUGUGAAGGAUCAGUUUGCAUCUUGCUUGAAAAGCUCUAACCUUACUGCCAUGCAUAUACAUCAGUGCGGCUGUUUUGCUUGGCAUAAAAGUAUACAUACAUCUCA